UUAAUAUUACCUUGGAAUCUCUACCUGGAAUUUCUUAUUUUGCCAAGAAAAUAAUUUUCUCUCUACCCCACAAUCUAAUCAGCAUCUAGAAUAUUCAGAAGGGCGGCAAUCCAUGAGCCAUAGAAGGAAAGACUCCAUGAAAAUGACCACAAAGUAACAAAAACAAAUAAAACCUAAUCAUAGAACUUUCAAUAGGCUAAUUAUAAAGCAUACAAUGGAACUAUGGAUCUCUAAAAGCUUACUCUUAUCCUAGCAAUAAGUGUGGCUUCAAAACAUUUUCAGACAGUUCAACACUACACUUCUAAAUGAUUUCUAUUUGACAGAGGAACACAUAUUGAACGUUCCUUUUCAUUAUGAAUUAUUCAUAGUUAUAAAUUAUUAAUUAAUUAUGGAAAGUUGUUACACACAAUGUUUAGUCAAAUCAAUACAUACUUGAAGCCUCGACUUGUGCAAGAAAGAUACAGGAGUGUCAAAAAAGACAUGAAUCGUAAUCCCAACCCUUGGGGAUUCGUUAAAAUGCCAAACAAUAUUUUAACAGUCAUUAAAGGAACCAAUAAGAGAUAUCCUAAGGCAAUCCAUGAUUAGCUAUCAAAUGAAUGACUUAGUCAGUAAAUGCUCCCUUAUGUAAAGAGAAAAGAGAAAGAGCUAUUGGACUGGGAAAGCCUGCCCAGCAGUCAGGGAAGCAUUCCAAAAAAUUACAAAACAAAGUCUCAGAAUUUAUUAAUAUUACCUGAAAAACAGUUAAGGGUUUACUAAUUUACUCUUGAUUUCAGAGAAUUACAGCCUGAGAUGGAUGGCAGUAAUUGCAAAGUUAUUGCUCCUCUCCUAACUCAGAGAUACCGGAGGAUGGUCACCAAGGAUGGCCAUAGCACACUUCAAAUGGAUGGCGCUCAAAGAGGUCUUGCAUAUCUUCGAGACGCUUGGGGAAUCCUAAUGGACAUGCGCUGGCGCUGGAUGAUGUUGGUUUUUUCUGCUUCUUUUGUUAUCCACUGGCUUGUCUUUGCAGUGCUCUGGUAUGUUCUAGCUGAGAUGAACGGUGAUCUGGAACUAGAUCAUGAUGCCCCACCUGAAAACCACACUAUCUGUGUCAAGUACAUCACCAGUUUCACAGCUGCAUUCUCCUUCUCCCUGGAGACACAACUCACAAUUGGUUACGGUACCAUGUUCCCCAGUGGUGACUGUCCAAGUGCAAUCGCCCUACUUGCCAUACAAAUGCUCCUAGGCCUCAUGCUAGAGGCCUUCAUCACAGGUGCCUUUGUGGCGAAGAUCGCCCGGCCAAAAAAUCGAGCUUUCUCAAUUCGCUUUACUGACUUAGCAGUAGUAGCUCACAUAGAUGGCAAACCUAAUCUUAUUUUCCAAGUGGCCAACACUCGACCUAGCCCUCUAACCAGUGUUCGGGUCUCAGCUGUACUCUAUCAGGAAAGAGAAAACGGCGAACUCUACCAGACCAGUGUGGACUUCCACCUUGAUGGCAUCAGUUCUGAGGAAUGUCCAUUCUUUAUCUUUCCACUAACCUACUAUCACUCCAUUAUACCAUCGAGUCCCCUGGCUACUCUGCUCCAGCAUGAAAAUCCUCCCCACUUUGAAUUAGUUGUGUUCCUUUCAGCAAUGCAGGAAGGCACUGGAGAAAUAUGCCAAAGGAGGACAUCCUACCUACCCUCCGAGAUCAUGUUACAUCACUGUUUUGCAUCUCUGCUGACCCGAGGUUCCAAAGGUGAAUAUCAAAUCAAGAUGGAGAAUUUUGAUAAGACUAUUCCUGAACUUCCAACUCCUCUGGUCUCCAAGAGCCCAAACAGGACUGACCUGGACAUCCAUAUCAAUGGACAAAGCAUUGACAAUUUUCAGAUCUCUGAAACAGGACUGACAGAGUAAGAAAUAUCCAUAGCGCCCUAUUUUUUAAUGUAUUAAAUAUACUCAGCCAGUUAUGCACCUAUUUUUCCUUCAUCAUAUCCCACAUUUUCUUUUUUCCAAUGCUGAUUACAUCUUUCUGAUUACAUCAUGGUGAUCAAGCCUCUGCCCAUUAAAAAAAAAUGGCUAGCAAUACACAUUGUGGAAAUAUAACAUUAUACAAAGUUUGUAUCUGUGGUUAUCUGCUGAAAUCAAUGCAUCUGAAUGUAACAGAUAUUUACAAUAACAGAAAUGCUGUUGGUGAGUUUGUAUGGAUGUGGUAUGAUACCAGUAAUGAAGGUAAAAUGGACAGUGAAGUUUAACACAGCUGAACGCUAACAAAAUCAGCCAUAAAUUUCUCAUUUUCAUCUGCAAGUUGAAGCAGCAGCCUAAUUUCAAACCUAGCUCCCUGGAUAGAACAAUGAUUUAACAAUAUUUAGUGAAUACCCUUUUAAAACUGUUAUUUCUUCAAGGCAACAAAGAUCAGUCCUUUGGUUCUUUAUAAAACAAAACUAGGGUAAAUAUUACCCCCUUAAUUUUUAACAGCUAAGAACAAAAGUUCACAAGAAAACAGCGAAGAAUAGAUUUAUACAUAACUCUAAAAGCAUUUGAGCAUUACACCCAAACACAUGCACAUAUUCAUGCAUUUGUGGCAGAAAGUGAUCAGAGCAAGUUAAGAUAAGCUCUAGGCUGAAGGAAACUGCAGGGUGGUAUUUGAGCAAGGAGAUGCAAAAUUGUAUCUACUUUAAAGCUACCAUGCAUACUAAUCAAAUAGUGAUUUAAAAAUUAUAACCAACUAUUCAUCUGAAUAACUUCCGACCUAAGUAAACACAUUCCCUUUCUACUUAGGGUCCACUCAAUGGUAUAAAAACCUCAUAGAUGCAAAUAUAUUUACGUUUUUGUAGAUAUAAAGGUUUAGAUAUAAUUCAACUAGGGGAAAAAUCUCCAACAGAAAAAGCAAAAAAUAAUUAGGCAAUGAAGUAUUUUCAAACCCAAAUUCCUGUUUCAAACUUCAGAUAGUUUUUUCUAUAAACACAAAAUGAGUGUUUAUUCACCAGUAGGAGGUUGGACUAGAUGAACUCUAUUAUUUCUUUCCAAAUCUAAUACUCCAUGAAAACUAUGCUUUCUCUGCUUUUUUAAUUUUGCAUAUACUAGGAUGAACACUUUCCCUUACCUCCAGUUUAACUUAAGACUAUCCUUUGUAUACUUGUCAUUUCAAUAAAAAAAUCCAACUGUCCUCAAACAGGAACCAAAAAAGUCACCCUAUCAGAUUUCAAAUAGAUUUGUUGCUGCUAUUCUUUUCUGAAAUUUCCCUUAUCCAGGUUUAUGUGAAAAAAGUGAAAGAUUAACCCUCCCUACUGGUGAUGACCCACACAGGAAUCAUCUCUUAAAAUAAAUACUAGCUAGUAAAGGGAAGCAGCUGUGAAAAGCAGGGCACAGCAGCAAGUCACAUUUUUCUACUCCUAGACCAAAAGGAAGAGAAAAUAAAGAAGAACUUCGGAGUGGUCUAAGACUAAUUAUAGCAAAGUAUAUCAAGGACACAGAAACUUAAUCAUUGUGAACUUCUGCUGUUUGAAAAUCUUAGGCAUUCUUAAGUACUAGCUAGACCAACAGGUUUUCCUCCAACCCAAGAUUGUUGUAACACAUAUAGACAGCAGGAAUUCUUAUUUCUAUAAUAAAGUUAACAAGAUUCACCUAACCUGAUGAAAAUAAGUAUUGAAGAUUUACAUGGUAUAUUUUUUCCUAAGAGCUCUACAUCACUUACAUAGAUCAAUUCCAACAGUUCAGAGAGGUUGCCCAAAGUGAUGCAAUUAGGAAGUGAGCAAGACCUGUCUAGGAUCUGAGUCUCAAUAUAGAUGCAGUAUAUUCUCCAUUCAAGUCAGAGAAGCGUCUUACUAUAUACUAUUUAUACAUAAACUUUGCAUCUGAAAAUUAGAUAUAACUUUCCCUACACACACCCUCCCCAAAAAGAACUCCAUUGGUAUACUAAUGCUAUUUAAUAAAUAGACAACUAAGAGAUGCAAUCAAAUACUUUUGUCUAGGAGGCUGAAAGCUUCUGAAAGAACUGUUCAUGAUUCUUUUACUUCAAAGAAUCACAUCUUCUAUGUUAAGGAUUAAGUUUUCUGCAAAGGCCCCAUUAUCCUUUCAGGUGAAUGGAGUACAGACUGAAAGAGGGGGAAAUUUACUGGAAAGUGGGAAGAGCAGCUUUAACUCCUGGCUCUACAGCUCACUUACCUGGGCCACCUGAGAAAUCAGUGACGAUACCUCGGAUACAUAAUCAGGGAGACCACGUUGGAAGUAAGUUAAAAAAUGCUUGUGGAAACCAAUCCAGAUAGCAUGACAGACAGUCCCAACAAACUGAAGACAAGUAGAUACUAAAAAUCAUAAGGCCUACUUUUAUAUAUGUACAAGCCCAUAUUACCAACUGCCAGCAGCAGCCUAAUAACCAAAAAUGGCUAUGUCUGCUUCAAAGCAUUGCACACCAAAAUGCACUGAGUUGAACCUUUAGGUAUCACCUGGAUUUUUUUUAACGAUCUUUUAAUUCCAUCCUCACAGAACCAUACCGUAAGAUGAUCACCAGAACUGAUCUCCCCCUAUGCAGCAAUCAAUUUCUAUUGAAUAGGAAUUAUAAUUUGAAUAUUACAGGCCUUUUUCCACUUCCACAUUCUCCCACGGGUAUUCACAAGGGUCAUGCACAAUUCUAACCCAGAUGCCUCUAAUUCCACCCAUUUCUCUACACAUAAGAAGCAAAUACAUGAUAAGAACCAUCUCUAACUUUAAAAGGAACAAAUCAUUCUGGAACCUGCAGUACUCAAAUUAUCUUAAUUUGAUGUCAUAGGACGUCUCACAAUUGAUCAAUAUGUCAGUGUGUCCCAACAAACUAGUUAAGUACUGCUGUUCUUGGAGAGAGUAAGAUACAGUAUGAGCAAUUUUUUUUAAUCUACAGUAUUUUCAACAAAAGUGGAUUACUUAUAAAAAGAGAAGCUCAGAAUCACUAACAGUUUAAUAACCUGAAGUGAGCAUCUUAUUUAAAAAAGCAUUCAAUAAAAGCCACUACAAAAUAUUUUUAUAGAUCUAUGUGGACACUGCCCUGAAAAAAAGAAAGAUUAUACAUCAAAAAGACCAGAUGAAUAAACGACAUUCAUAGUAAGAACAUUCACAGUUUUAGCCUUUGCUCUCUAAUACAAAAGCGAACAUUCUAGUAUUUUCUCUAUUUCUUCUCACCUGUGACAUACUAUCUGCACUGGAAAAGGAGUUAAUAGCCUGCUUCCUAACUUGAAAUUUCAAUUCGUAAGACAGCCUUAAUAAAGAAUGUAUGUCCUGCAGAGAACACACAGGCCCAAAACGUUACAUCAAGUAAAUCCUAACGGUUAUAUUUAUCAUCCCUGGUUUCAUGCAAUAAAGUCCUCAAAUAACCAGGGAGCUCUGAAUGCAAGCAACGCUACAACCCCAUCUACUGGAGAGAUGCAAGUAAUUGAGUCAAUUUUUAAUAAAUGUGUCCUUAUGUGUGAGCCUUGUUAAGGACCAAUAUCAUGGAAAUCCAGAUAAAAAUACUUCAAAACAGUAAGAAA